AUGAAUAGUGAGAAGCUCGAGUAUGGGAGCGGGUCACUUAAAGCGCCACCGCCUAUAGAUUUCUACAAAUUGAGUCUCCAAUGGCCUCCUGCCACGUGUUCCGGUGGCGUGAGAUGUGGUACUCCCAUUCCAACCGUGUUUACCAUCCAUGGUAUAUGGCCACAAGAUAUCAACGACAACCCAAUACCCGGUUACAACCGAACUUCUUAUGCUUGUUAUACUCCGCCACCCAGUUCUUCCUCAGUUCUUCCGACUGCUUUGACUCCCAUUCAAAGCAACUUAAUAUCACUAUGGCCGGACUUGAAGAACCCUAAUCGAACUGCUUACGUCUUUUGGGGACAUGAAUGGGACAAGCACGGAACAUGUUCUGAUUACCCCUAUGACCCUUUUCGCUUCUUCGACUCCGCCUUAACCCUUAGACAGGGUUUAACAAGUCCAGUUAUGGGACUUACACGAGGAAAUACUUAUACGGUUCAACAGGUUAUAAACAAAAUUCAGAACCUUACACAAGCCUUACCUGAGAUUGCUUGCAACACAAAUCGAACCACCGGAGUUGUGCAAUUAUGGGAGAUUCGUUUAUGUUAUAACAGACCGGCAUCGUCUUCGCAACUGGUUAAUACGAUUCGAAAUUGUCCACAUCAAUUGCCAGUCAGAAAUGGUACUAUCACGGGCCCCUGCAAAACCAUGUUAACUAAUGUAUACUUUCCUUAG